CCUUAUUUGGCUGCGAUAACUCGCUUUCAAGAUUCUGCCGGGUGAAAUUCGUUACUUGUCCGGCAGCUAUGCACUUGUGAUAUUAAGUGAACGUCAGCUCCUUCAGAAGCGCUAGAGCGAGGGUAGAAAGAGGUCUCUGAGGUGGACUAACACGCUCAAAGAUAAAUCGGAAUGUCUGAUGUCAUCGAACGGAGAGCUAGACGGUAGCAAUGGAACGCAACAUAAUAUCAAGGAAUAAUAAGAUGGAGCGCUCUCGACACAUAGUAGAAGAUGUGUCAAGUAGCGACGAGCCAGAUCUUAAAAGGCCCGUGAGUGAUAACUCUGCUUCAACAACACGCAAGAGAGAAUCAAUCUUGAAAAAUGUUAUGGUGUUGUUUAGCUGUGAUGUGCAAAAGAGAGACAGUAAAGUCUACAUGCCGAACACUAUAGAAAUGGCUCUAUUAAAGAGGCCCGAACGAGGGCAAUUUCAAAAGGAGAUUGAAUUCACCAAGACUAUGACAGAAAAGGAUGUGAAGGAGAAGCUCCACCGCCAUUUCCCGAUAUUAGGAAAUAAUGGAAGAUUAAGCUGUGCCACAGCUGCAGAUAAUAGAACAAGACUGGAGUUCCACUGCAGCCCACGAACAGUGUGGGAUGGAAACAAGAUUAACAGGCAUAUUAGGGGGAAUUCUGCCCUUUAUGUACUUUGCGAGAGAACUCCUGAAUCAGUCAGUGAAAGACCAGAGUCUCCAACAGUUGAUAGUUCUCUACAACAACCACAGAAACCCACACCUGAACCAUUGGGUUCACCUCUGGCAUAUUCAGGAAAGCUUCAAAGUUUGAAAAGAAAACAUGAUUCCAGCUCUUCAUCAGUACCAGAGGUAGUUCCAAACAGAGGGGCAAUUGUGAAGAAGCAAGUAUUGAAGGGUACCAGUUGCCCUAAAGGUAGCAAAGAAGGAGGGCAGCAAUGUUGUCAGGAGCAAGGAGAUCACAGUGGCAACCCAACGGCAGGCCUCCUUUGCAAUUCAGGUACCAGUCAACAAACACAAAGCCCACAAAUUGGUUUGAAACAAAGUUCUGGAGAAGAUCACUCUAAGGAAUCCCAAGAAGUUAAUAAGGUUAGGGAAUAUGUUGAAAGUAAUAACUCCUCAGACUCUGCAUUUGAAUCCACUAUUGGGGAUGCAUCUGGUGUUGAUGACAACACUGAGCAUUCAAUAGGAAAAAUUAAACGUUAUUUGCAAAAUUCCGAAAUGGACCCUUCAGAAGGAUCAAGCUGGGAAGAAAUUGAUUUAAAUACGAUUGCCACUGAUGAUCAGAUGAACAUGACCGAUAGAGAGUGGAACGAAGCCUAUCAAGAUGUCCAGGAAAUCAUCUCACCAGUGAUAACAUUACUUUGCCCUGAUGAAGGCCCCAUAACGGGUGGUACAAAGUUUGUUAUUUGCCUUAAUGUAAGGCGUAUUCCAGAAAAUCUCACAUCUCUGAGAGUUCUAUUCAAGGGGGUUGGAUUUGCAGACUUAACACCAGUAACUGAAGGUGUCUACACUGGGCAUAGUCCAGCCUCUAAAAUUCUUGGGAAGGUCGCCGUUACCGUGAGUUCUCUAGAUGGUACAUGGAACUCGCUCGAUGAAACGGAAUUCGAAUACCAUCCGAAUGUUACUCAAGAGCUCCAAAAACUGAUUAAUAGAAUGCCUGACACAAAGAGGAACAUACCACUGGACUACCAAACAUUAAAUCCUGCCCGUACAGCAGGAACAGUGAGCAGUCUGUCUUCCUUCUCGCCUGAGGAUAGACCAAUGAUGACAGAUGAGAGCAAGGACAUAUUGUCACUGAAAGCUCUACAGUGUAUACUAUUCGCAGCCGCCGCAACGAAUGAUCGCGAAUGUAUUGAAAUAAUCUUCAGUACUUCAGCUGGAGAAGCAGUCUUUCAAACGUACAGGAACAGCUCCAUCUUGCCGGAAGACACUGCCAGAGCUAGGGGACAUCAAAACUUAGCAGAAUACCUUCAAAAUGUUCACAAAAGGUUAUCAAAAGAAAUAGUUUGUGAUGUUCAGACUGUAACUAUUGAUUGGCUAGAACUCAAGCGUGCGACUGCAAAGAAGGAUAUCUGUUCAGGUACUGAUGAAUCCCAAGGUUUGGAACUUGAAAUGGAAAAUGAUGACGAUCAAAGCAGCUACUUCGCAGACGAUGAGGCAUCAAUAUGUCAGUCACCGUCUACCACUGAAUUGUCAAAUGAGGAUGAGUGCAUUGAAUCAAAUUAUCGGGAAUUAAGUUCCAACCAGGAGGUAAAAGACUCUACUCUUGAAGAGGUUAUUAGUAUUUCAUCGCACGUUAACCAAGAAGGGGCUUCCCCAAGAAUCACUAUCUCCCAAGUUUCUGUAAAAGCUACUAUUCUUGUUGCUGGAGAGAUUCUGAAUCCUACAGUUGGUGCUUUUGAAGGUGUGGCGAACUGCAGAUCUGUACUCCACCGCCAGAAACCUUUCGGUUUUGCAAUAACAGCGCCUCUAUCUCGAAAAGCAGCUCAAGAGAGAACGAGCAAAAGCCACGAAGAACUUCAUGAAGUAAAGGAACAAUCUGGUCAUUAUGGUAACUUGCCAGAUCGGAUUGAUUUGGUGGGCCGCAAUGAAACAUGUGAACGUAUCGUAACUGCCCUGUCUUCAAACAAGGCUGUUGAAAUUGUAGCACCGCCUGGAUAUGGAAAAACGUCGCUGGUAAUAGAGGUCGCCCAUAGGAUGAUGGAAAGGAAAACGUUUGUCGCAUACAUUAAACCUCGAGGUUUCAAUUGUGUAGAAGAUUUAGCAAGCAAAAUAAUCGAGACUCUAGGGUACGUUCCCGGUGAGAACACAAUAACUGAAGCAUUAAGUCACAUAUCUUCUCUAAAGAGAAAAAGUGUUGUGUUGAUUAUUGAAAACAUGGACGACUUGCUGCAUCUUCAGGAUAAAGUUAGCAAGGAUGAAUGCCACCAGGAAUUAAAAUCCGAAAAUUGCUGUACUGAAAUGUUUGGAAAAUUCACGAAGGACGACUUUUUGACAUUUCUUAAAGACCUUGGACAAAGUCCAAACAUUCAACUUGUCCUUACAUCUCGAGAAACUUAUAAUUUGUGUGUGUCUUUUCCUCUCGAAUUGAUAAACCUAGAACCUCUAAAUGACAACGAUUCAGCUUUUAUGUUUGCAAAAUGUGAGGAUGGUCUGGACGACGUUCUGAUUAAGGAGCUUGUCAGAGUUUGUGGUGGUAUUCCCCUGAUAAUCUGCAAAGUGAUCUCGAUUCUGAAGAGAGAAAAUCCACUGAGGGCGGCACGUAGACUUUCCACAUCUUCACCAAGUUCUCUUGUAAGGGAAUUAAACCCUGACGAUUUACCGAAUGAGGAUCGUAUCGACAAGUGUCUUCAAAUAUGUUUUGAUCGCUUAAGUCAAGAAAAUCAGAAGAUUAUUGUGAUGUUCUCUACAUUUCCACACAGAUUCACGCAAGAACAAUUCCAAGUAGUCUUUCGGUCAUUUGUCACAGCUGAUUUGCAAACUUGCCUGAAUUCCUUGGAGCACAGCAGCCUCCUUCGCUUCGACAGGAAAAGUUGUCAGUAUUCCCUCCAUCCUUUCAUACGAGAUUUCUUCUCACUGAGGUCCGAUCACAUAGACGCUAAAUCAACUUUCAUUCGUCAUUACAGUGACUUAGCUGUUACACUUUGCGAAAAAUUCUUGAGUAAAGAUUGCAAGUCGGCAAUUGAUCAGUACAGAUCUGAAAAGGACAACAUUCGGGAAGCCAUGGCUUGGUGUGGAGACGAUCAUCCUGAACUUGACCAAACAUUCAGGGAGCAAUGCAUUGAAGCCUUCAACGAGGCAGCUGUAUUUCUUGUAAAGGUGAUGCGCAAACAAGAAUUUCAGUCGCUCUUUUGCAAGCUUGCGUAUCGAUGUCGCUCCAACUUGCACCUCUACAGCGCUUGCUUGACGAACAUCGGAAUGAAGAUAGUGUUGAGCUGCACAUGUGCCCCUCACAUUUGUCCAAGAGCCUUGUAUCAGGCCAGAGAAAUUUUGACUCAAGCAAAUGACAUUCAUUCUACACUUACGGACGUGAAGGACACCACUCGUGCUCAGUGCCUGAGCAAGUUUGGAUUUUGUUAUGUUCGCGAGGGUCGCGUUGAUGAGGGCUAUGGAUACCUCGACGUCGCCUUGAAAUUGCGACGGGAAAGAGUAGAGAAACUAAACAGGAACAAAGACCAUGUCAUGUUAGCUGCCUGUCUCAACGAUAUAGCGGCUUCUCAGAUGGUUCAGCAGAAUCACAUGAUGGCCAUCCAAACAAGGCUGUUACAUGUCCUUCCAGUUUAUGAAGAGAACAUCGGUGACCACCCGUUUACGGCAACCACUCUUAGUUGGAUUAGUAACAGUUACCACGCCUUGGGUGACUACGACAACGCCAUUAAAUACAGCAGCAGAUCAAUGUCGAUCCGAAGGCAACUGUUGGGGCAACAUCAGGAGACUGCAAAGUCUCUGUAUGAUCUGGGUGUGGCUUACAGCGCGAAACAGGACUAUGAAACAGCCCUUAAAUACCUUAAAGAGGUAGUUGAUUACCAAGAAAAAGUAUUGGACACACAGGACGAGCUGAUUCACUCCCACCAAGCCUUGUCGAUAGUUCUUCGGGCUCUUGGAAGGGACGAAGAGGCAGAAGAAGAAAUGAAUCGCGCGGGGGAAUGCGCUAGAAAGCUGGAUUCUUGGGAGGCUCCUUUAGAUAAAUUGAGGACCCAAGAACGAGAGAGCGAAUGGAUAUAUAUUCUCUCUGCCAAGCCACGGGAUUUAGCAUUGUAGAAAACACAUUUUACAGUAAACCUUUGAUCGGAUAUAGGUCUGACGAUAGAUCAAUCAAUUGAACACAGACAAUUAAUGCUUUGACAUUUACUCAGUUUUCGUUCAUUGGUCUAGUUUACUAGUCCCUACGGUCAGUAAAGCGCUAGGCUGAAAA